AAACAUUUUAUAGUAUCUAUAUGUGUAUGUAUAUCUGUAUGUAUCACCCAUAUAUACACUAUAUCAAGAAAGUAAGAAAAGCUCAAGCAUUUGUUAAUUUUUGUCAAUUGGUAAGUUGCUUUCCUAAUCUUGGAUUUCAGUUGACAUCAAAGAUUAAAAAAGCUCAAAUCUUUAAGUUUAAUUUCUUGAAUUUUUGUUUCAAAAUAUCAACUUUUCUUACAAAUGAAGAGAAAACCAAAGUUAUCUAGAGAAACUGAAGGUAGAUUGAAUAAGAUCCGUGAAUACGUGUUCCAAGUGUUGAAAUCUUGAAUAAAGUGUGAAUCUUUUUGUGUUAUUUUGAUAUUUAGGUUUGUGGGUAUUUGUUAUAUUUGUGAAAUUAGGGUAUUAAGUUGUUAUUUUGAUGUUUGAUUGAAGAAUCUUGGAUUUUUGGUUAUAUGCUAAAGAAAGGUUUAGACUUUUUGUUAUUGAAGUUUGUAGAUCCAAAGGUAUUUUUCAUAGUAUAUCAGUAUCAGAUCUAUCGACAAUUUAUGCCAGGCCAACUCUAGGUUGUGGCUUUAGCUUUAGAAGGAAAAGAUUAAGGAAUUAAUGUUGUAUUAGAAGUAGUUAAGAUGUCGAUAACGAGUUAAUGGUCAGGAGAAAGUAAAAAAAAGAUGGGGUUGAUAGAAGAUAUAGUACCAGCUGUUUCGGUUUCAAUUAGCUUAACUAGUCCUGUGUCUAAGACCCCUGCAAAUGGAACUCAUGUGGAUUUUAGUCGAAUCACACUAGUUGCUCCUGUGUUGCCCGGAUCGACCGGUGAUUAUAGUAUUCUUGGAAUCGGGAAAUCUGGUUUUUUAGAGGGUAUUAAAGAAAUAGACAGCAACGAGACAGUUAAUGGUGACAUGAUAAUGCAAGAAAACGACAUAGAUAAAAAUAUGACAAUCGGGAAUCAAUCAAGUUCUAUUAGUUUGCCGAUCACAGUUGCGAUAAAGGCUAUUGAUAAAGGUCAAAUAGUUGCUGAAGUAAUAAGUUUGGGCGAAGAAACGAUUGAUAGUAAGGUUGGGCAUACUUUAAAAGCAGCAGUGGUGGUUCUUGCUGAUCAGAGUCAUAAUAAGGUUGUAAGGAGUGUUUUUGAAUUAGAAUGUGUUCCACUUUAUGGUUCUCAUUCAGUUAUUGGCAAAAGACCAGAAAUGGAAGACACGGUAAUUAAUGUUCCUAAUUUUAUGAAACUUCCUGUUAAGAUGUUAGCUGCUGAUCAUAUCAUUAAUUUGGUGAAUCCGAAUUUGAAUGAUUUGACAUCACAUUUCUUUGGAGUAUAUGAUGGUCACGGAGGUUGCCAGGUGGCCAAUUAUUGUCGUGACCGUGUUCAUAAUGCUUUAGAGGAGGAGAUCAAGGUUAUGAAACAAGAAAUAGUCAAAGGUACCAUGAGUGACACUGUACAAGUUCAGUGGGAGAAAGCGUUUACUAAGUGCUUUCAGAAGGUCGAUGAUGAAGUUGGAGGAAAGACAUGCAUAAGUAUUGAUGGAUCGAAACCUCCUCCUGAACCAGUAGCCCCAGAAACUGUGGGGUCUACUGCUGUGGUGUCGUUGAUUUGUUCAUCACAUAUCAUCGUUGCAAACUGUGGUGAUUCAAGAGCUGUCCUUUACCGUGGCAAAGAAGCCAUCCCUCUGUCAACUGAUCAUAAACCGAAUCGCGAAGAUGAAUAUGCAAGGAUUGAGGCAGCAGGUGGCAAGGUCAUACAAUGGAAUGGACAUCGUGUUUUUGGUGUUCUUGCAAUGUCAAGGUCUAUCGGUGAUGGGUAUCUGAAGCCUUGGAUAAUACCUGAACCUGAAGUUACUUUUACUCCCCGAGCUAGAGAAGACGAGUGCCUUAUUCUUGCUAGUGAUGGGUUGUGGGAUGUUAUCUCAAAUGAGGAAGCAUGUGAAGUAGCUAGAAAACGGAUUCUUAUUUGGCAUAAAAAGAAUGCUGGAUUGCCUCUUGAAAGGGAUGUAAGAGGAGUCGAUCCAGCAGCACAAGCAGCAGCCGAUUAUCUCACGAUGCUUGCUCUACAGAAAGGAAGCAAAGACAACAUAUCUGUGAUUGUGGUGGACCUCAAAUACCAGAGGAAGUUCAAAGCAAAACCUUGAUAAUAGUAAGUAUAUGUUCACCCAUCGUUGUCUUUGAUAUAGUUUUGUACAACUUGAAAGAAAAGAAGUGCAUCUCUUUGUUUACAUAAUAACUUGGCCCGUCUUUGGUAAAAACAAAAAACAAAACGGGAUCUAUUGUUUGUAACUAUAUACGAGGAUUGCCUACUUGUUUGCAUGAUCUUUUACACAUAAAUAAAAUAUUGGAUCUACAAGGGUUCUGAUGGUGCACUUCACCAAA